UCUUCAAUCCAAAAAUCUCCGAGUGUGACUUGUUGGGGGUUCAGGGUUUAUCGUUCGUCCUCCGUCCUCCUCUAAUUUCUAAUUUCAAGCUUGCGGUAAGUUGUUUCUAGUUACAACCUCUUAGUUUAAUCCCGGAACAGAUUAGGGUUUUUGUUUGUUUCCUUCCAGAGAGGGAAUUACUAGCGUUUUAGUUUGAAUUGGGCACAACUACAACUAUGGGUUUGUUGAGGAUUGAGAGAAUAUGUGAUUUGCCCGACGAUUUGCUGUUGCAAAUCUUACUCCGCGUCCCGACGAAAGAUGCAGUGGCCACUGGUAUCUUGUCUAAAAGAUGGCGUUGCGUUUGGAAGAUGCUCCAUGAACUCGCCUUCAAACACGACCAAGGGAGCGAGAGCUUUGGGUGGUUUGUUGACAAGUCACUGCAACACCAUAAGGCACCGAAACUAGUAAGACUGGUUGUCGAACUGGGUCCACAAUGUCCUCCUGUUGACGUAGUAGAUGUCAGAAAGUGGGUUGGCAAAGCUGUUAACCACGGUGUGAAAAGAUUAGAUUUCAGUCUCCUCUGGACAGGAGAGCCCACAAGCUUACCUGAGAGCCUUUACACAUGCGACUCGCUUGUUUCUUUAACUCUAUCAAACCAGAUUCUAAUUGACAUUUCUUUCCCCCCUAGCCUACCAUCUCUCUCUUUUCUGAAACUUGCCUAUGUGGUCUACAAAGACGAAGAAUCUCUUGCUAGGCUUUUAUCAAGUUCCCCGGUUCUCAAACAACUGGUGCUUAUACGACCUGCUAAAGAUGACAACUUGACAAACGUUACCGUGAAAGUGCCUUCGUUGAAAUGUUUAACUUAUCUGACCGAAGAGGAAGAGGAAGAGGAA